GGGCAAGCGGGCGGAAUUCAAGGUCAAGGCCUCAACUCUCAAGGGUGAGGAUGAAUUGUGUGAGACUGAGAGAGAGAGAGUGUGUGCGGCCGUGUGGUGACUGGGGAUUGGAUGGUAUGUAUGGGCAAAUUCAAUUGGGCAUUUUGAAUUGAAAGUUCAAAAACUGUUUUUGGGGGGCGAAAGUUAUGGGGGGGUGGCUAGCUUAGGCUCUAGCUGAGGCCUGAGGAUGAGGAUGAGGGGGACUACUGAUAGCUGAUAAGUGGUGAGAAAGAAAAGAACGAUAUUAAUGUUGGCCAUUGCGUGUCGCAGUUUCAAAAAAAGGCAAAUCGAACCCACACGGAAGCCGGAAGGAGAGGCGAUCAGGGGACGGGAAUCGGGAACCCCUUUCUUCAUUCUUCACUCUUCCUCUACUCUCUCAUCUCAUUUCUCUGUACUUCCAUUCCACUCCGAUUCAUCAGAUCCGAGAUUCGUUUCUAUGUAUUUCCCGGAUUUUAAAUAACGUAAAAUUCGAGGGCUUCUAACCAUGGUUUUCUGCGAUCCUUCUGAGCUACCUCCACUUACUAUCUCCGCGGCUUGCUCUGUUUCCCAUGCUUCCAUUCUAGGUUCGUUUCCUGCGCUUUUGUUUUUAUCCUUGCUUGCUUGAAAAUGGAGAGGUUUCAGCACAAGAGAUCGCUUGGUAAGGAGAAACCAUAUCACGGAUGUUCGGCCAAGAUCAGAAGCUUUUCUGAUCAGAAUCCUGGCACUUAUCUUGUCCUAACGGAGAGGGUUCUCAAUCAAGGAAAUGUACAGAACGAAAAACUGGUAGACACUUUGAAGGUUGCAUCUGAUUCCAGUUCUUGCAGCAGUGUUCUUUUAGAAGAAGGCCUUCAUGCGCUUGAGCUGAGGUGUAAUUCUUUGAAACAAGCUGGUGGAACUCCAAUGAAGAAGCUAUUGGCCGAAGAAUUGUCUAAAGAAGUGGAAUCCAGGCGGCGAACUCCAAGUGUUAUUGCUAGAUUAAUGGGCCUUGAUGCACUGCCAUCUCCACAUCCUGUACAUAAACAACAGAAAAAGUUCUCACAAACCUAUCUUCAGAGAAGGGCAUCUAUAGGGUCAAAUGAGAAGACCCCACCAUAUGAGGCUCCGUCACUUAGAUUGGGUACUAACGACCAGCAAGAAUUCAAGGAUGUCUUUGAAGUCUUAGAAGCGUCAAAAGUGGCAAAGAAAACUAACCUAAUAUUUCAGAAGGAGAAAGCACACGUGAAGCAGAGGGAUGAAAAAAUGGCACUUAUACGUGAGAACUUCAUGGAUGCAAAACGUCUCUCCACUGAUGAAAAGCUUCAACACUCAAUGGAAUUUCAAGAUGCAUUAGAAGUAUUAGAUUCCAACAAGGAUCUCUUACUGAAAUUUCUCCAAGAACCAGAUUCUUUGUUCACAAAGCAUCUCCAUGAUUUGCAAAGCGUUCCACCUGCUCAACUGUCUGCUCAUGUAACAAUCUUAAAGCCAUCAAAUGCUCCAAAGCAUGGAAAAAGUGAUCUUUUCCGAAAACCAGAGAAAAAAACUGAACAGAGGAAUGCUAUUGACUCUCAUCACAGGCAUGAUAAAGUCGAUGUUAACUACUGCAACAACAGACAUAGUGUUUAUAAUUCUUACAAGUUAUCAAAUUCCCGUCAUGAAGGAAAGGAUGAGACUUGCCUUCUUCCUACACGGAUUGUUGUUCUGAAGCCGAAUCUGGGAAAGGUACCAAAUACAACAGGAUCCCUCUCUUCGGCAUGUUCUUCUGGAGGUCUGCAACCAAAUUACAGGCAGCAUAAAGAAGUUCGAGAUUAUGGGAACUGUGACUUAAUUUCAGAAGUUCAUGAGCGCAAAAAUUCAUCGAGUGAUGUAGAACAUACUAGGCAUAGGACCAGGCGAUCCAUGGAAAUUGCUAAAGAAAUCACUCGGCAAAUGAGGGACAAUGUAAGCAACAGCUCCUUAAAGGUACCAAGCUCAGUUCUCAGAGGAUAUGCUGGAGAUGAAAGCCCAUAUAGCAUGUCAGGAAAUGACUCAGAAAAUGAUUCUGAGGUUGUCACACCCACCUCAAGGUAUUCUCAUCAAUGCAAAGAAAGAUCUAGCCUGUCCCCAUCAUCUUCAUAUUCAACCGAGUCAUCCGUGACCAGGGAGGCGAAGAAACGACUUUCAGAGCGGUGGAAGAUGACUCGUAGGUUUCAAGAAGUGGGAUUAGUUAGUAAGGGCAGUACUUUGGGUGAAAUGCUAGCUAUGUCUGACAAAGAAACCAGAUCAAUGACCUUGACUUCUGAGGACUGGUUUAGGAGUGAUGGGUUUGCAAGGUGUAACAGUCCUUUGGGAAUUAGCAGCAGAGAUGGUUGGAAGGAUGUGUGUAACAGAAGUCUACCAAGGUCUAGAUCUGUUCCCACUUCAUCUACUGCCUUUGGAAGUCCAUCAUUGAGCACCAGAGGUGAAUCUAUUGGCAAUGAGGAUGGGUUUUUGAUGCUAAGAGAUACCGUCAACCAGGAAAGUUACAGGUCAAGAAAGGUAAGUUCCAUAAAAAAAGUUAAUUCCUUGCCUAGAAACCUCAGAUGCAGCAGUAAAAAAUCUCAGCAUUCUCUUGCGACAAAUGGGGAGAUGAGUCAUGCUAUACAAGAAAGUCAGAGCCUGGUUGAACCGAGGAACAACCUUGAAGUAGCAGAGCAAAAUCCUAUGGCUCCUGGGCCAUUGGCCGCUAAUAUCACAGAUAAAAGGCUGGUUGUUGAAUGGGUGGCUGUUGCUGACUCUGAGAGUUCAUCCAUGCCUUCUAAUACUGCUGAGGAGAUGGAGCAGCUGUCUAAACCAUUUAACUGUGUCAUAUCAGAGAAAGAAGCAGAUUUUUCUUCUCAUGAUCCAAAGGAAACAAUUCCAGAGAAGAGUCAUAAAGAAAGUUUACUUCCAGCACAGUGCCCUGUUCCUGAACCUGAAUCUCCUGCAAGUUCCAAAGGGGUUGAGCAACCUAGUCCUAUUUCAGUUCUGGAACCACCAUUUGCAGAAGAGACAACAUCUGGUUCUGAGUGUUUUGAGCAAAUCAGUGCUGACCUCCAUGGUCUUCGUCUGCAACUUCAACUUCUCAAGUUAGAGUCAUCAGAUACGUAUGAGGGACUUGAAGUGGCUGUCUCAAGUGAUGAAGAGACUGGAGAAGGCUCCUUCGGUGUUAUGGGGUUGGAAGAAAUUGCAGUAAAGUUUAGAAUUGAAGAGAAUAAAUGCUUUAGUUACCUAGUUGAUAUGUUGCUCGACUCAGAUUUAUAUUUACGUGAUGUGGACCGUGAAUUGGCAUUAUCGACCUGGUACUCCUCAGAAUGUCCUGUCAGUCCUUUGGUAUUUGAGAAGCUAGAGAAGAAGUAUGACGAGCAGACAUGGUUGAGGUCAGAUAGAAGGCUAUUGUUUGAUCGUAUAAAUGAAGGGUUGAUGGAGAUUUUCGGGCCACAGAUAGACCCACAUCCCUGGGUGAAAUCAUCAAUUAAAAUGGUUUGCCUUGGGUGGGGCAGAGAAUCACUCGUGGAAGAGCUAUGGAAGUGGCUGGUUUGCCAGGAAAGAGACGUCAGUGUUGAUUCACCAGAGAAAAUUCUAGGUAGAGACGUGUGCUUGGAGCUUGGGGAUGAUAUUGAGGUGGUGGGUACAGAAAUUGAGAGGUUGUUGUUCGAUGAGUUGAUUGGAGAGAGCGUGCAAAGAAACCCUAGGCCAGGACUGUUCUAGACCGAUUUGAUACAACAUGCUUAUAGUAAAAUAUACAUGUAUCAAAAAGAGCUCAGUUAAGAAGGGAAUAAUAAGCAAAUCAGGAAUAUAAUGCAAAGGAAAAAAUCUAAGCAAUUGUAAUUUGUAACAUCUUCAACGAUUGAAUUGUCAUCUUUUGCAUAUAUGUUCAUAUAUGAAAGUUUUAUGUUUAGUUGA